AUGGAUCUCUCCUUCACCGUCGCCAAGAAGCACUGCUCUCCACAGGACAUUGAGCGCCUGGCCUGCGCAUACCUCGCCUCCACCGCGACCGUCAACUUCGACGCCGAAAAAGCCGCCAAAGAAUUCGGCGGAGGGAAUGCCGCGAGUUUCAAGCGCCAGAUUUGGGUCAUCACCAAGAAAAUCAAAGACAACAAGGACGAUGAUACCUCCUCUGGAGAUUUCGGUGGGGGUCAUCAUCACGAGCCGCCAAACAUGACGCCCAAAGCUAAGUAA